AUGGCAGGAGACGAGAGGGCUCUGGUGAAAAAGGAAGGAGGCAACAGAAGGGAAAGGCGAGAAAAGGAGAAGAAAGGCAAGGCCAGCGGGGUAGACAACACAUUCCGAAGGACUUGGGACAAGGAUGAGUACACCGAAAAAGCGGAAGCGAGAGACAAGGCAGAGCAGGAUGAAGAAGAGAGCGCUCUGGAUGCCAAGCGCAGGAAGAGGCUAGAGAGGGAUCCUCUACAUCAGGGCAUCAUUGUGGAGCGUGCACAACUGAAGCAGCGCGACUUCUCACUGGAUCUUACCUCUCGGCUGGGCAAAUCCCAAGUCAUCACCAACACAACACCCCUCAACCAGCAGGCUGGCUACUACUGCAGCGUGUGCGAUUGCAUCCUGAGGGACUCGGCAUCCUAUCUGGACCACAUCAAUGGGAAAUACCACAACCGAGCGCUGGGAAUGACCAUGCGAGUGGAACGCUCCACUGCAGAGCAGGUCAGGGACCGAUUGUCCCAGCACAAGGAGAAGAAGUACGAGUCAGAGCAGAUCGACUUCGUGCCAGAUGGCUUUGACAGGAGGGUGCUGGAGCAGCAGGAAGAGGAGGAACGCCUCAGAGAACACCGGAGGGAGCGCAAGAGGGAAAAGAGGAAAGGUGCACAAGAAGAGGAAGAGGAGUAUGGAGCGGACCCAGACAUGGCCAUGGCAAUGGGAUUCACUGGUUUUGGCGGGGGCCGAUAG